AUGAUGUUCAUUGCUACUUACAACGCCAUCUAUGCCGUUGGAGAUGAUGGAAAUAGUGAACCCACCGCAGUCUAUGAAGGCACAGACCAUCAAGGCCGCGGCGGAAGGCAUCCCGAUGGCGCAAUGGUUUCACUGUCAAGCGGUCAAGCCGUGGUGUCUGCCUUGUUGGAUGGAACGCUACUGGUUUUAUCGGAGGAUGGUGAGAAACGAAUUCCAACAGGUAUAGAGGAUCCAAUCGCUUCGUUGCUCGUUGUUCGCGAAAAUCCGUUGACGCUGCUCAUCGGAACGGAUGAGGGGGCUUAUGUCUAUCGCCUCGUUGGAGAAGAAGGACCGGCUGAACGGGUCGUCGCGUUUGACGAAUUAGAAUGUCGGAAAGAUUGGUAUACGCCGUGGGGCGGUCCACCAGCGGUACGGACUUUUGCCAAGACCCAAGACGGCUUUUGUUACGCAGAUGUCCAUGUCGGAAGUAUCAUGCGUUCCCCCGAUGAAGGAAUUUCGUGGGAACCCGUCACGCCAGACCUCAAUAAAGAUGUCCAUCAGGUCGCUACGUGUCCUGCGGACGAUCAUCAAGUUUAUGCGAAUACCGCCAACGGUGUUUACAUCAGUACAGAUCGUGGAAACUCAUGGGAACAUCGGCUUCAAGGUUUACCUCGUCGCUACGGCACCGCUAUUGCUGUACAUCCCAGCAGACCCAGACCUAUUGAUCGCCACAGUCCAAAACGGACCGAGAGGCGGUGGUGCUUGGCUCUGUCGUUCGGAGAAUGGCGGCGCGACGUGGACUCAACUCAACGAUCAGCUCACAGAAUCCACCGAUCGGAUUAG